ACUACAUAGUGCUGAGUUGGCGUUUCAAAAUUAAUUAUUUCAAGUUGGCAAUAUGCUUGAUGUAAAUAAGCAGACGAAAUAUUAAGUUUGGGACAAUUUUUCCACGGUGUAUUAGACAAGUUUUAUAGUAAAACUAUAUUCUCUGUAUUAUAUUUAAUUAUGAUUGCCUGUCAUUCUUCAUAACUCAAUUAAUAUUACAAUGGCUGAGUACGGUAUCCAUCAUGUUAUAUCGAAUUUUUCGAAACCUUCAAUUUUUGAAGUAAUUGGCCAUGAUAAUUUAGCAUCAUCUCUGAGAGCUGCUUUUCUACAUCUCUUUAAGGUGUUAGCAGAAAACAACCCUAUGAGAUAUGGCUUAAUUUAUCGGAACUUCGAUGAAUUAUACGUCUUAGUUGAUUCAAUAUUUCAAUAUCUCCAUCUUCGGUUAAAAGGAGGAUUAUUCACUGAGACCUUUUACAGCUUAAAAAGAAUCCCAGAUCCCCGUUCCCUGAAUGUUUCAAGGAGAAAAGUGGCAUUGUGGGUAAUAUGUGCUGUAGUUUAUCCUUACUUGCAAAGGCAACUGGAAGAAGUCUAUAAGAAUAUGCGUGAUGAUCAUUCCCGUGGAAGCCUCGCUUCAAAAGGAACUAAAAAUAAAUUGGCUCUUCUGUAUCUGAAAGUGUAUCCUGUGUACCAUUUUCUUUCCGAGACGUCAGUUCUUUGCUACUACUUAGCGUAUGCUUUGGGAAAAUCAAGUUACCAUUCACCACUCAUGCAUUUGACCUCAACAACACUAACGCAUCUCACAAUGAUUGAUUUGUCUGAUGAUGCAUGGAAGCAACACAUUCCAAAAGAACAACAUAAGAAGCUUUCGAACACCAUUUGGAAUCUAGUUAAUGUUUUCAUUGGUGGUAUCACUCUUUCUAUAUCUGUUGGAUCAUUCCUCACACAGUUUUUGAACUGGUGGUACAGUCGAGAGGGCAAUACUACAAACCUCACCCCUCUCCCUGUGCCUCCACCUCCUAAGAAAUGGCCCUGUGAUAUUCCUGUAGAUAUUUGUUUUAUAUGCAAAAAGAGCAGGUCUAAUGAUACCGCAUUGGCUAGCAGUGGAUUUGUUUUCUGCUAUCCUUGUAUAUUCAAGUAUGUGGAAGUCAAUCGUGAAUGCCCAAUCACUGGUUAUAAAUCUUCACUGAAUCAACUUAUUAAACUGUAUCAUCAGGAAUGAUAUAUAUAUAUAUGACUUAUAUACAUAUAUGAUAUAUAUAUAUAUAUGUAUGAAUAGUGUAUUUGUUAUUUAUUCUUGUUUUUAAUUUUUUUUUAAGUUUAUGUGUCUUGUACAUAGUGGAUGUUUCUUUUAAGUGUUGUAUUAUAGAUUGAAACGAACUAAUGCAAUUACUGCCAAAAAAAGGUUUAUUACUUAUUAAAAAAAUUAGUCAAAAAAAAAAA